ACGCAAGUAAAGCAAGAAACACGAGUUCGGAAAACCUUGCCCUGCCUUCCCCGCAGCACCCCACGACUUCCACAAUGCCGAAUUCCCGAUUUUCCUGCGAUAUAAUAAUGACAGCGCUCGACCCUUCUCCUGUCUUCUUCUUCCUCUUCUCUUCCCGUCCAUUCCGUCUUCGCUCCCUGCCAUAAUUUCCGAGAAAGCUCCUCCGUACCGUAGCGACGCUCGCCAUCUCUCCCUCUCUCUCCCCUCUCUCUUAUCCUAUCCAUCUUCUUAAUUGCGAUCCGUCGCCAUCGCUGCUGAUUCGGCUCCGCGUCAUCAACCCGUUGUCGAGCGAAUCCCUAUCUCUUCCCGGAUUCGCCAUCGUUCUUGGGUUGGUUUAAAUUCUUGGCUUCAGCUUCUGGGUCUCGCCUCUCUCGCCUCUCUCGCCUCUUCCACUUCGGGCCCACGUCUUGGAAUUUGAUCUUGCGCCCUUCUUUAGUCUCUGUGUCUUGUGAAGUUGUAGCUGGGGAUUGCAGUGAGAAUCCCUUUGCCUGAGAGGACCCUGCCUUUUUGCGAUUCGAAGGAUCUUUGGCACCUUGAUUCUGCUGAUUAGGAGCUUUCUUGGUUCUUGAUGAUAACUCGAUAAAUAUCACGAAUUGCAGGUCAGCUUGAAUAAUUAUGCUGUUGUCUGGGUCAAUGUUGUCGACUCUUGCUGGACAUUCAGAAGCACGAUCCGUCUCUGGAAUCUUGGUCUGCUAAUUUGCUUAAAAUAGCGUCUUUUUCUGGUCUUCUGUGAAAUUGAUUUAUUCCCUUCCAUUUGGUAUUCCAUUGUCCCCUCGGGACCAUCUUUGCGCCUUGUGCUCAUUGAGGUUUUUCCCUACCUUUUUUAGCUGUGGGUAGUGGAAGUCUGCAAUUUAUUCUUUCGUUCCUUAGGAACCCAUUUGAUAAUUUGGCGUACCAGAGCAUCUGGAGAUCAAGGGUGGUUGUUACUCAAGACAUGGAUAUAAGUAAUGAGGCGAACAUUAAUCCGUUCUCCAUCGGCCCUUCGACCAUUCUUGGUCGCACCAUUGCUUUCAGAAUCCUGUGUUCUCAGUCUAUGUCACAGCUGUCGCGGCAGCUCUUUCAUGUGGUGUUAGAUUAUGCGUUUAGGACUGGGAACUUUGUUGCCACCGUGAUAUCGUGGUUUCAUCCUAGGAAUCCACAAGGGAUAUUGGCAAUGGUCACCGUUAUAGCAUUCUUGUUAAGACGGUACACCGCUGUGAAAGUGAGGGCCGAAAUGGCUUAUAGGAGGAAAUUUUGGCGGAACAUGAUGAGAGCUGCAUUGACUUAUGAGGAAUGGGCUCAUGCUGCUAAGAUGCUUGAUAAAGAGACACUGAAGAUGAAUGAAUCGGACCUUUAUGAUGAGGAACUGGUUAGAAACAAGCUUCAAGAGCUCCGCCAGCGUCGCGAAGAGGGGUCUCUUAGAGAUAUCAUCUUUUACUUGCGAGCUGAUCUGGUCAGGAAUCUCGGGAAUAUGUGUAACCCUCAGCUUCACAAGGGUAGACUUCAGGUGCCCAAGCUCAUUAAGGAGUACAUUGAUGAGGUCUCAACUCAGUUAAGAAUGGUCUGCAACUCUGAUUCUGAUGAGCUCUCUUUGGAGGAGAAGCUUUCUUUCAUGCAUGAGACUAGGCAUGCCUUUGGUAGGACAGCUUUACUUUUGAGUGGGGGAGCUUCUCUGGGAGCCUCUCAUGUUGGUGUGGUUAAAACACUGGUUGAACUUAAGCUUUUGCCUAGGAUUAUUGCUGGCUCCAGCGUGGGAUCCAUAAUGUGCUCUGUUGUUGCCACCAGGUCUUGGCCCGAGCUUCAAAGCUUCUUCGAAGAUUCUUGGCACUCAUUGCAGUUUUUUGAUCAGCUGGGAGGCAUUUUUGCCAUUGUCAGGAGGGUCAUGAGGCAAGGAGCUGUGCAUGAGAUCAGACAAUUGCAGUGGAUGUUGAGGCACCUUACCAGUAAUCUUACAUUUCAAGAAGCUUAUGACAUGACAGGACGCAUUCUUGGGAUAACAGUGUGCUCUCCGCGGAAGCAUGAGCCACCUAGGUGCCUUAACUACUUAACCUCACCUCAUGUUGUCAUUUGGAGUGCGGUGACCGCUUCUUGUGCCUUUCCUGGCCUUUUUGAAGCCCAGGAACUAAUGGCCAAGGAUAGAAGUGGAGAGAUUGUUCCCUAUCAUCCACCAUUCAAUUUGGACCCUGAGGAGAACUCUGGGGCACCUGGCCGUCGAUGGAGAGAUGGUAGCUUGGAAAUUGAUCUGCCCAUGAUGCAACUAAAGGAACUAUUCAAUGUGAAUCACUUUAUAGUGAGUCAAGCAAAUCCUCAUAUCGCACCACUAUUGAGAAUGAAGGACUUUGUGAGAGCUUAUGGCGGGAGUUUUGCUGCCAAGCUUGCUCAAUUAAUUGAGCUGGAGGUGAAACAUAGAUGCAACCAAGUAUUGGAGCUUGGUUUUCCUCUUGGGGGUAUCGCUCAGCUCUUUGCGCAAGAAUGGGAGGGUGAUGUCACUAUUGUUAUGCCUGCCACACUUGCUCAGUACUCAAAGAUCAUCCAAAACCCGUCCCAUAUGGAGCUUCAGAAAGCUGCCAAUCAGGGGAGAAGGUGCACUUGGGAGAAGCUCUCCGCCAUCAAAGCAAACUGUGGCAUUGAGCUUGCACUUGAUGAAUGUGUUACGAUCCUCAACCAUAUGCGCAGGCUCAAGAGGAGUGCAAAGAGAGCUGCAGCUGCUUCUCUUGGCCUUGCCGCCACUGCCAAAUUCAGCGGGUCUAGAAGGAUCCCUUCAUGGAACUGCCUUGCUAGAGAGAACUCAACUGGGUCUCUUGAUGAAGAUUUCCUGACAGAUGCCGCUUCCUCAUCACAUCAAGGAGUUGGAGGAUCCUUAGGUAAGAAUUCCCGGCCUUAUCGUGGUGGGCAUGAUGGAAGUGACAGUGAAUCCGAGAGUGUAGAUCAUUCUUGGACAAGAUCUGGUGGGCCCUUGAUGAGGAGUAGCUCCGCUAACAAGUUCAUUGACUACAUCCAAAGCUUGGACUUACAAGUUGACCUAAGUAAGAUUGUUAAUUUAAACUCAAAUGUUGUUCAAAUGGGAGGAGAAACACACUCUCAGGGCUCAAGGGUGACAACACCUGAUAGAACUUCAGAAAACACGGAGUUCGACCUGCGGGACUCGAGCAAUAGAAGCAGCUCAAGCAUCACUGUGUCUGAGGGAGAUCUCUUGCAUGCUGAGAAGGUUCAGGAGGGUAUCGUGUUUAAUGUUGUCAGGAGAGAGAACCUUCCAAACAGGAGUCAUGAUACUGAGAGUUACAACUAUGAAGUCGCCGAAUGUUUGCAACUUGAUUGUCCAGAAAAGGAGAUGGACGGUAGCUCGGAUUCAGAAUGCGGGGAUGGCGGAGAUCAUGUGGAAACAGCUUAAGCCGAUAAAAGGAGAGGAGGGAUUCAUAGUGCUAUGGUUCAAAUUGGUUCUGGUAUAGGUAUAGCUGAAAAGGACCAGAGAAUCUCCUGACAGUUUGGUUUCUACUUUGCAUCGCCUUUGUUAUUCAGCAUUCACAAUAGUUAGUGGUUCCAAUACUUCUCUUACCUUUGACAGGAGAACGGGGAGCUUUACUACAUAUCAGAGCGUUGUAUAGAAUUGUAAUUUAGCUGUGGCUGAGUUUCUAGACCAGGAUACGGCACGGUUCUCUGGAAAAGCCCUGGCUUGUAAAUACGUUAACAUGUUCAAUAUGUAAUCUUGUUUUCACUGUGCAGCCAA